CCCCGAUGGCGUGCCUGGGCCCCUCAGAGCAAGGCUCACUUCCCAACCGGCCUAGGUGGCCCCUCCCAGCCGGCCUGUAUGGAAAAGGUCCGCCAUCUCCUGCCUGGCCACCCAGAGCAGGCAUCCAUCAAAAGUCCCACCACGGCGUGCCUGGGCCACCCAGUGAGCAAGACCCACCUCCCAACUGGCAAGGUGGGCCCUCGGAUGCCCCCUCCAUGCAAAGCCUCUACCAUGGCCUGCCUGAGCGCCGGCCGC